UAGCUUACCGUACGUCGAAUAGUGGUUAAAGUGUGUUUCUAUCAAAUUUUAAUUUUUAACAUGUCUGAAAAAGCGACGUUUAUUGAAAGUUCUCGAGGAAAACCUUUGAUAAUUCGUGAUAGUUACAAAUAUUUUUUAGCGUAUAAGUCAAAAUCAAAAUUAUCACGUUGGCGGUGUUGUUUAACUACUUGUCAAGCAGUUAUAUACACAAAUAAAACUGAAGAAAUAGUAGUCAAUGAAUUACACAAAAAUGAACAUAAUCAUUUGCCAUCACCAAAAAAAAGUAAAUCGACAAAUAGUGAAUAAUGCAUGUAAGCGAAAAGCAAUCGACGAUUUAUUCUCACGCCCAAAAAAAAUAAUACUUAAGGAAUUAGGACAAAAUUUAAGAAAAAAACUCUGAAAUUGGGUCUUGGAUAAGAAACACGUUUGGACUCACAUUUCUAAGUCCACAAGAAGUUUCCAAAUGUUUUUUUGAAGACUUUAUGAGUAUUAUACCAAACGAUCAAAGAGUGAGUCAGUACGCUGAUUAUUUAACCGAUACGUAUAUUUCGGAAAAUUCUAUAUUUCCACCAAUUAUUUGGGCAGAAUCGUCUUCUUCGUUAUCAAGAACCACUAAUGCAUGUGAGUCUUUCCACUCUCAUUUCAAAGAAAACUUUUAUAAAGAAAAGCCUAAUAUAUUUAUGUGGCUUAAUAUUGUAAAGCAAACUCAAACAAAUAUUUAUUGUAAAAUGAGAAGUAUACAUAUUCCAAAAAAAUCAAAGGAUUACCGAGCAAACAAGCGUCGUGGAGCAAUCGACGAUGCAAUUAUUAAAUUACAAAACAGAGAAAUUUCUAGGUAUUCAUUUGUUGCUGAGAUGUCAUAUAAUUAUAAAAAAAUUUAAUUUAAUUUACUGCAGCGACUUUACUAUAUUUUAUAUUUUAUAUUUUACAUAUUAUCUGGUUGGGUUAUCA